CAUGAUCCUCCCGCCUCGGCCUCCCCAAAGUGCUGAGAUUGCAGGUGUGAGCCGCCACACCCGGCCGUGGUAACUAAUUUUUCAGACUUUGGCAGGAGAAUGAUAAUGACAUUGUGUUGUAAAACUGAAAUUUUAACUACAAAUGAAAACCCCAAGUGUUUGGAGAUGUAAUUUUUAUUUUUCAGAUAAAACUCAUCAGUGCUUUGAAACAAGCAGCUCUGAACCAAAGGAAUCAUUUGAUUCAAGUAACCAUUGGAUCUUCCCAAGGCAAUGGUGAAAGAAAAGAAAAAAGCAGACAAAAGAGGGGACAAGUCGGCCCGCUCUCCCUCAUCUCUCUCUGAUAAUCUAGACUUUUCCAAACAAGAUGGCAACACCACUAGGCAAGAGAUGUCCCCAGCUGGCGUCCCGUUGCUGGGAAUGCAGCUUAACGAAGUGAAACCCAAAAAAGACCCCCGAAACGUUCAGCAGAAUGAAGAUGCCACCCAAUACGAAGAGUCCAUUCUGACCAAACUCAUCGUGGAAAGCUAUGAAGGGGAGAAAGUUCGUGGGCUGUAUGAGGGAAAAGGCUUCGCAGUCUUUCAAGGCGGUUGUACCUAUCGUGGUAUGUUUUCAGAAGGACUCAUGCAUGGACAAGGGACUUAUAUUUGGGCCGAUGGAUUAAAAUACGAGGUGAGGCAUAUAACCAGUUAUAGUUCUAAACUGGAGUUCGGGUUCCUGGAAGAGGACCCGACGCUGCUGUGUGGUGUGCAGGGCUCCAUUUAUUACAAUCAAGAGGGUACGUGUUGGUACGAGGGAGACUGGGUGCAAAACAUCAAAAAGGGCUGGGGAAUAAGAUGGGGGAUUCGGGUAAAGAGAGAAACUGCUUUGCGCAUGUCUCAUGGCCGUCUGCUUUCUUUCCAGAAUGGCUUUGGAACACACACGUGGUUUCUAAAGAGAAUCCCCAGUUCCCAGUAUCCCUUGAGAAAUGAAUACAUAGGGGAGUUCGUAAACGGACAUCGUCAUGGACGUGGCAAGUUUUAUUACGCCAGUGGAGCCGUGUAUGACGGAGAAUGGGUUUCCAACAAGAAACAUGGCACGGGCCGAUUAACUUUCAAGAACGGGCGUGUGUACGAAGGCACAUUCUCCAAUGACCACAUAGCUGGGUUUCCAGAUCUUGAAGGUGAAUUCAUCAGCUGCCUGGACCUGUCUUCAGGAGUUGCCCAAAGAUUGUCCAGGAGUGCCGAACUGAUCAGAAAGCUUGAUGGCAGUGAAAGUCAUUCUGUGUUGGGGUCGAGCAUCGAGCUGGAUCUAAAUUUGCUCCUGGACAUGUACCCUGAGGCAGCCCGACCUGAAGAAAAGAAGCAGGUAGAAUAUGCUGUGUUAAGAAAUAUUACAGAAUUAAGAAGAAUCUACAGCUUUUAUAGCAGCCUGGGAUGCGACCACUCUCUGGAUAAUACCUUUCUGAUGACAAAGCUUCACUUCUGGAGAUUUCUAAAAGAUUGCAAAUUUCAUCACCACAGACUAACUCUUGCUGAUAUGGACAGGAUAUUAAAUGCCAACAAUGACAUACCAGUUGAAGAAAUUCAUUCUCCAUUUACAACAAUACUUCUGAGAACAUUUUUGAAUCACCUCCUGCGUUUGGCGUACCACAUUUAUCACGAAGAAUUCCAAAAGAGAAGCCCAUCGCUUUUCUUGUGUUUUACAAAACUGAUGACUGAGAAUAUUCAUCCAAAUGCCUGCCAGAUAAAAGGUAAAUACAAAACCAACAGGAUUCUAUUUACUGACUUUAAAAUGAUAAAUAAAGAAUUAACAGCAGCUAUAUUUAUGGAGGUCAUAGCAGAGGAUAAUCCUUUCAUAUAUGAUGGAACUGACAGCAACUUU